GCGUUUUAACGUCAUCAUAACAGGAAGUACCGGAGGUUGGGCAGUCGUAGGUGAAUGAGUAGAGCAGUAUGGCAGUAAAAAUGAGUGUACUGUAAACCAUUGUCUGUCAGAGAAACGGUUCCCCUUGUGCCAGCGCCCAUGGACGACGCCCAGGAACGACACAACCACAUUAGGAGCAAAUAAACCCUGCGGGUGAGGCUUUGUUCCCAAGGUUCAUCCCGGUGGACCGUUCACCUAUGAUGGAACGGGCGAUGGAGCAGCUCAACGUACAGCUCAACCGGCUGACCCGUUCCCUUCGCCGGGCCAGGACCGUGGAACUCCCGGAAGACAAUGAAACUGCAGUGUACACACUUAUGCCAAUGGUCAUGGCUGACCAGCACAGGUCAGUAUCAGAGUUGCUGCUCAACUCCAAGUUUGAUGUGAACUAUGCCUUUGGACGGGUGAAGAGAAGUCUGUUACACAUUGCUGCCAACUGUGGGUCAGUGGAGUGUCUGGUUCUGUUGCUAAAGAGAGGAGCCAACCCAAACUACCAGGACAUCUCAGGCUGUACCCCUCUGCACCUCGCUGCUAGGAAUGGACAGAAGAAGUGUAUGGGCAAACUAUUGGAAUAUAAUGCUGAUGUCAACAUCUGCAACAAUGAGGGACUGACUGCUAUCCACUGGCUGGCAGUGAAUGGGCGGACAGAGCUUCUCCAUGAUCUGGUCCAGCAUGUGUCCAAUGUGGAUGUGGAGGAUGCUAUGGGGCAGACAGCUCUACAUGUAGCCUGUCAGAAUGGACACAAAACUACGGUGUUGUGUCUUCUGGACAGUGGAGCUGACAUCAACCGACCAAAUGUCUCUGGAGCCACACCUCUUUACUUUGCUUGCAGCCAUGGCCAAAGAGACACAGCACAGAUCCUGCUCUCUCGAGGUGCCAAAUACCUUGCUGACAAGAAUGGAAUCACUCCUCUGGAUCUCUGUGUGCAGGGUGGUUAUGGGGAGACCUGUGAGAUCCUCAUCCAGCACCACAACAGACUGUUUCAGACCCUCAUCCAGAUGACACAGAAUGAUGAGAUAAAAGAGAACAUGCUCAGGCAGGUUCUGGAGCAUGUCUCUCAGCAGAGUGACAGUCAUUACCAGAGGAUCCUGAUCAGUCUUGCAGAAGUGGCCACCACCAAUGGGCACAAGCUUCUCAGCCUGUCUAGCAGUUAUGAAGCUCAAAUGAAGAGCCUACUGAGAAUUGUUCGUAUUUUCUGCCAUGUGUUCCGCCUGGGGCCUUCAUCACCCAACAAUGGCAACGAUAUGGGCUACAACGGCAACAAGACGCCCCGCAGCCAGGUCUUUAAGCCAUUGGAGUUGUUGUGGCACUCUCUGGAUGAGUGGUUGGUGCUCAUCUCCACAGAGCUGGACAGGAACAGGAAGAACCCAUCUGCAUCUGCCUCCAGCAGUGAGAUAGCUUCUCUGCUUCUCAAACAGCGGGAGGUUGACCACUCUGGCUCUACACCAAAGCUUCCCUCCUUGCUGGACCCUCAGAUUGUUAUGGAAACAGAGGUGUGCACUGAUAGGGAGGAUGUCAUAUCCAUGACUGCCAAUCGGCUCAGUGCUGUGAUCCAGGCCUUCUAUAUGUGCUGCUCCUGUCAGAUGCCACAAGGAAUGACGUCCCCUCGCUUCAUUGAGUUCGUCUGCAAACAUGACAAUGUCCUCAAGUGUUUUGUGACCAGGAAUCCAAAGAUCAUUUUUAACCACUUCCACUUCCUCCUGGAGUGUCCAGAGUUAAUGUCACGCUUCAUGCAUAUUAUUAAAGGCCAGCCUUUUAAGGAUCGCUGCGAGUGGUUCUAUGAGCAUCUGCUGGCUGGCCAACCAGACUCAGACAUGGUUCAUCGUCCAGUCAACGAGAAUGACAUCCUCCUCAUCCAUAGAGACUCCAUAUUCAGGAGUAGCUGUGAGAUGGUUUCCAAGUCCACCAAUGAGAAACUCAAACAGGGCAUUGCUGUGCGUUUCCAUGGCGAGGAGGGGAUGGGUCAGGGCGUGGUUCGGGAAUGGUUUGACAUCCUGUCCAGUGAAAUCAUCAAUCCAGACUAUGCACUGUUCACUCAGUCUGCUGAUGGUACCACUUUUCAACCCAACAGUAACUCCUCAGUGAACCCAGACCACCUGAACUAUUUCCAGUUUGCAGGUCAGAUUCUGGGUUUGGCUCUUUACCACCGUCAGCUGGUGAACAUCUACUUCACACGCUCCUUCUACAAACACAUACUGGGUAUCCCAGUGAACUACCAGGAUGUAUCGUCCAUCGAUCCAGAGUACGCUAAGAACCUGCAGUGGAUCCUGGACAAUGACAUCAGUGAUCUGGGUCUUGAGUUAACCUUCUCUGUAGAGACGGACGUGUUCGGAGCCAUGGAGGAAGUGCCACUCAAACCUGGAGGGACAAGCAUCCUGAUCACCCAAGACAACAAGGCCGAGUAUGUACAGCUGGUGACGGAGCUGAGGAUGACACGAGCCAUCCAGCCUCAGAUAAAUGCCUUCCUACAAGGAUUCCACACUUUCAUUCCCGCCUCUCUCAUCCAGCUUUUCGAUGAAUAUGAAUUGGAGCUCCUGCUGUCAGGGAUGCCAGAGAUUGAUGUGCAGGAUUGGUGCAGGAACACCGAGUACACCAGUGGCUAUGACCCUCAGGAGCCAGUAAUCCAGUGGUUCUGGGAGGUGGUGGAGAGCCUGACCCAGGAGGAACGGGUUCUUCUGCUUCAGUUUGUUACUGGAAGUUCCAGGGUUCCUCAUGGUGGUUUUGCUUACCUGAUGGGUGGCAGCGGUUUACAAAAGUUCACUGUUGCUGCAGUGCCAUACACCUCCAACCUACUGCCUACCUCUAGUACCUGUAUCAACAUGCUGAAACUACCCGAAUACCCGAGUCAGGAGGUCCUGAGAGACAGGCUGCUGGUAGCUCUGCACUGUGGGAGCUAUGGGUACACCAUGGCAUAAAUAUCAUAUCAGUUCCUGCUACUGUGAGGAUCUGCACGCUUAUGCAACUCCUCCACAGACACUGUUUUUAUUGUCAGGCACUGCUUUUGAUGACAAAAAGGAAAUCCAGCUACUAGAAAGGCACAACACAGGUUCAGAACCUUUUUUUUUUGUUAUGCAAUUAAUAGUUUAAUAUCUAAAUUUGACAAUUUUCAUGUAUAUGUAUAUUUAUUAAAAAACACAAACACAAAAAUAAACAUUUUUUUUUCUUCUGGAUUAUUACAAAUUUGACCAAAGAAAUACACAUAAUAAAAUAAAUGCCAAGGAUAAAUAUUCAUUGAUUUCAUAGCAACAAUAAGUUUUAAUUUUAGUUUGACCUUAGUGUAUCAAAGACUGGCUUUAUCCGGCUGUGGUGCAGCAUGUGUGUUUGCAAAACAUAAACUGUAGACAAUGAAGUAGGUACUGGAGAUACUGUAUGGCCACUGCAUUUUCUAUUUGCCUACAUUGUUGUCUGAACACAAGCCUCCAUCCCCAUAGCAUAAAAUGCAUGUGUCAUGUUUACUGUGAAGUUCAUUAUAAUUUUUUAAGUCAGUAUUUUGCUGUCAGCUAUAUUUGUGCUUCAUGAAAGGAUAGCAAUAUUCUUUAGUGAUGGCCUUCUGUUUAUAUUUGUCCCUGUUUAGUAACUUUAAUGAGGAAUGAUACAAUAUAUCCACACAUCCACAAAUGUUUGGCUUGCAGUGCCAAAAAGUAAAAGCUGGAAUCAUUUUAAAUACAUUCUUUUAUCUGUAUUUUGCCUACUCAAAGAUGCUGAAAAUGUGCUUUAAAUCUGAAAGGAAUGGGGAUCAUGUCAUGAAUGUAUCUGCCAACUUGGUUUUCCUUCUUUCCAUUUGUGAAUGGAGUGCACAUAUUGAUUUGAUAUGUACAAUCCCAUUAUCAAGCAGUAUUGUUUUUAAUGCCUCAUCUAAAAACUUUUAUAAACAUAUUGUUGUUUGAAAAUUGAACAUUUAUACAUACAUCUGAUAUGUCUUCAGUAUCAAAUUAUGUAGUUUACCAUAAAUGUGUUGUUCUUUGAGAUUUUAUCCAAUAAAAUUAGUUUUGAUAA